AUGAAAUCAAGAACUGCAAAUCAACGUGAACAUCAUAAUGCCAACUCUGAUUUACGUCUACUUGAUUAUCAGUCAAAAAAAUUGUACAAAGAAUCUAUUCAAUUGUUCAAUAAAUUAUCAUUGAAUCAUAAGGAGGUAAAAUUAAUUUUGGAUUAUUUUGAACAAUUGAAAUCAAUUCUUCUUACAGAUGGUAAAAAAUAUCAUGAGAAAUUGACGAAAUUUCGCGCUUUAGUCAAGCUGUUCAUUGAGAAAAAAACACAAAUUAUCAAUAAACAAAUUAGUUAUGUCACUUCUGUGAAAGAAUUAGAAAAUUUAUUAAAAAAUAUUGAACAAAUUUUAACAGAAUAUAAAACUGAGGAAAGAAUGAUCGCUGAAGCAUUAAUUCAACAAGAAGUUGAAUUAUGGCAAGAUUGUUUAAAUAUGGAACAUCGAAUCAGUUGUUGGGAGAGUAGUGAUUCAAAGGCAUUAGAUAAAAUUCAUUUCAACAAUUCACAUAGAAUACAAUCACAUAGUUUAUCAAUGCGUUUAACUACUACUGUUGGCAAUAAUUUACCGCCGGAAAUCAAUGAAUUUCAAAAUUAUUUAGACAGUCAUGGCGGUCGUACUGGUGGUUGGAGUGAAGAUGAACAUUUGAAAUUUUUAAAACAUUAUAAAAUUCACAAAUCGAAAUACAAAGAUGAAUUAAAAAAUCUUGACAAAUCAAUAAAUCAUUGUGAAACUGUUAAUCAUCAUCAUCAUCAAGAAAACGAAUUGUACACUUCAACAAUCGAUAAUAACAAUACUGAUAAUAUUGAACAACAGAAAUUGAAAGAGAACAAUUUAGUAAAACAAGAUCAACAUAUAAUCAGUGUAUUUCAUCAAGAAUUAGCAAAUCUACUCAUGACUAAAACACCAGAACAAAUAGCUGAACAUGAACAAUGGUGGAAUGAGUUUCAACGAUUGGAAGAUGCAAAACGUAAAGCUAUUCAAAAAUGGAGUGAGAAUCGGCGUUUAAAUCUACAGAAUCGAAGACAAUCUAGUGAGAAUAUUGAUAAUGGCAAUGACAGUGAUCGUAAAUCGUCUGAGAAACAACAAAAACACCAAUCGAUCAGCCAAAUAGAAGCAAGAAAAGCAGAAUUAGAAUUAUGGCGUUGUCAAAGAGAAGAAAUGAAGAAACGCGCGGAAUUGUUAAGAAAACAAAUUGAAUUCCAAUCGAAACAAGCUGAAUUAGAAAGUAAACAAAAAAGACAGGCAAAAAUUAAACAACAAAUCUCUCAAUAUAAACAAGAGAAAAUGGCCGAACAAUUAACAGCACUUCAUCAAUUGAAAAUACAAACAAAAAUGGAACAGUUAAUUCGUCAACAAAAACUUCAUGAUGCUGCUAGUCGAAUUGAACAAAGAUCACUGGAUCAAUUAAAUCAAUUAUCAGCUCGUAAAAAAGCGAAAGAACAAACAGAAAUUCCUCGACAAGAAUUGAUAGAACGAAUUCCAAUACAGACAAACAUACAAGUCACACGUGAUCCACAACGUUUAUGUCAAUUAACAAAAGGAUGGGAAUUUCGAUUAGCUCAACCAAAAACACAAACUAUCAUUAAUCAAGGUCUUGAUUUAAGAGCAAACACUGGAAGAAUGAUACCACAGUGGAGAAGAAAUCUCUAAUAUAUAAUGAUCAUUAUUAUUUGUUUACUGAUUACAAAAUAAACAACCGAUUUUUUACUUUCUCAUUGUUGAUUUUGAUUUCUGUUUGUUUGU